AAUUGCAUUUCUUUGCCACGGAAUUGUUUCCCCGCACCCAUACUCAUGUUUCCAGGUGUCUUCGCUGCUGACUGCAACUCGACAUGGAUCAAGUCCGCGGCUGAUGCGGAUGCACUUCGUCGGGAUUGUCCGAUAGUUUACGGUCAUGUUGGAAUUGGUCCAUUCAACGGCACUUCCACUGUUCAUAUCAACCUUGACGGCAUUGAGAUGAUUGGAGGCACACUGGGGGAAUAUCCUUAUUCCCGAGACGAAUAUACCACUCAACCGUAUUAUACACUGUCCAGUUCAACUCUUGGGUCGGUUGAUGCAGUUGAAAUUGGGCACUACGACUCCAAGAUAGUGAAUCUCACACUUCCCAAUCUUGACUACGUGGAUGAUGAUUUCAAGGUCGGACAAUCUGCCUAUCAUCUCACCUCCCUGGACAUAACAAGUUUGGAUACUGCGUCGACAAUCAAGCUCUAUGCUCCGAAUCUCACCACUCUGCAUCACACAAGGCUGCGAAAUGUGUCAUCAUUGAUUGUCUACCCGAUGAAGAUUGACUCGCUGAACAGCUUGACUGAUAAUCCCAUCGCCCUGCAGUACGCCACAUUCGACGGCCCAUUCCCAAACAUCAACAAUAUCACCAUUGGAUUCAAGUCUGUGGAAGACCUGAGAAUCAAUGACAAUUCAUCCGUUGCCAUAGGAGGCUCUUCGACAAAAGAUAUGAAUAUCACACAGCUGAGACUCUCUGGCGGUGUUAUAGAUUUUCAGCGCAGCGCACAACUCGAUUCACUCAAGGUUGAUAGUUUGGAUUUACAAGAACCCAUUUCGAUCACUGACCUAGAGCUACCCUUUGAUAAUCUCCGAUCUCUUAAGAUCCGACAAAAAGAAGAGACCCGUCCUCUGAAGUCUAUCACGCUUCCACCCCAAGCACUGGACUGGACAGGCGGCUUCCACCUCUACAUCGCAUCUGCCCCUGAGCUUAAUUUGACUUCGCUCUACAGUCAAGACAACAGCACCCAGACUUGGUACUGGCCAAGGAAUGUCUCGUACAUUUACAUGACUGAAGUGACUACAUCAAACGCAUUUUUCGAUCCGUUUGUGGCCCAGCAAAAUGCCCCCUUGGAGAGUAAAUAUCCUCCUUCGGUCUUAUCUAGCUUCUCGGUUAUCCCAUCAAUCAACUCGACCGGUUUCAAUUGCACGCCAUUUAAUGAGCUCCUGGAGUCGGGUCGGUUGCCGAAAGCUGGAUAUGCGAUAAACUGCCAAGAUAGGACGAAGCCUACGAGCGGCGCUAUUGAUGUCCACCUACCGAUUUCCUUCCUCGCUGUCAGUGCCGCGUUUGUGGUCUUGAAAUCCAUGCUAUGA